UGCAAACAGCCACAACUUUCUAGAAGCUUUUACAUUUUUGUAUAUCUUGGUUGUCCAAUUAAAAAAACAAAUGUUUAUCAGAAGAAGAACUAUUUUAAGGAAUGAGAGAGAAAUAAACGACGUCAAAAGGGAAAAAAUGGAGGCGGUUUUUCAUCAGUGUGAUGUGGGCAAGAAAGGUUAUUUAUCUAGAGAAGAUCUUAAGAUAGCGGUGAUCAUGCUGUUUGGAUACAAGCCAUCCAAGUCAGAGACAAACAUCUUAAUGGAAAAUGGCUCUUCUAGAGACAGUUCAGGAGUCCCACUGGAGCAGUUUAUGUCUCUCAUGGUGAGGAAGAUGUCAGCAGAAGAUCCAUAUGAGAAGACGAGGCAGAUCUUCAGUGCGUUUGAUGUACACUGUCAUGGCUUCUUGAAGCUGGAGGACUUUAAAUGUGCCUUCAAGCGAGUGGCUCCUCGUCUGCCGGAGAGAACAGUUCUGGAGGCUUUCAGAACUGUGUCUCUGAGGCUGCUCAAGCAACGCUUCAUCAGUCGCAUCCCAGAAAAAGGGUUUAGAGCAAGUCUCCAACCCCAACCACAGCAACAAGCUCAACAGAAACAGAGUUCUCCUCUGCCCGACAUCCUGCCACCGCUGACAGAGUGUGGCAGCAAAUGGACAGAACGGGAAAAAAUGACAUUCCAAGGAAGAAGCGAUGGAAGAGAGAGAGCUCACCUUGAAUGUUGUGUUUGGAGUUUAUCUACACGCCCAAGGCUAUGUUUAGAAAAGAUUAUCACAACAAAGUGAUAAUCUGGAACGCCCGCCUUUAGUGUCUGUUUCAGAGGUUGUACAGGGUCUGUGUGUUUGUUGUCAGGUUUGCUUUUCUCUUGUACCUUGAAAUGAAGUGAAGUCUCUGAAUCUGUGUUUAUAUUGCGACACCUUCGUGAAGAAAAGAGCAACAUCCUCAUCCUGUCCUUUUUGGAGUAAUUAUAGCAGAACAAUGGAGAGCAUUGCAGGCUUCACACUAUUAGCAGACGUGCUGUUGCCUCUUUAUGCGCUAAAGAUUGAUGGACAUGUGCUGCCUCUCUGAAUGAAUGUUAACAAUGCCAUUACUUGCCAGCUGCUUGUUGCCAUGGUGAUGUGGUACGCAGAGCUGGUGCCAUCACACCUUGAGCGCUGUGAUUGUUUUGCUUUUUUUUUCCAUCCUCCACUACUCUCUGCUUUUCUCUUUUGUUGUCAUCGUUUCCAGAGCAACUAUCUGACAUCUCGUUUCCAUAAAUACCUGCAGCACACAUUCUUGCAGUUCUUGAGUUACAAGAAUGCAGUUUUUUUUUCCUCUUAUUCACUCUUUCCUCCUCCUCCUCCCCCUCCACAUUGCUCUCAUUCUCUCACCCACUAAGGAAUCUCAGGUUUCUCAUUGUUCUCUCUGAUGUCCCAGCUUUAGCCUCAUUGUGCUGACAGUCUCGUCCUUACUAAUAAGUCUGAAGGAAAAAAGGAAAAUCCCAUCCUGCACUGUACAUCCUUUCAUAAUUCAUGUCCUGUUGAUUUGAAUUACUUUACAUGAUCCAUUUUUGAGUUACACUCCAACCCGAUCACUUUGUAGAUAUCUGCCUCUUUAUUGUGACUAUACAGGAAAAGCUGAAGAAAUGAGUGGAGCCAUUAGAGUAUUUAGUCAUUUAAACAAUAAUUCACCCAAAAAUGAAAAGUGUCCACUAAUUCCUGAGAUAAGGGACAAAACAAGUCUAACAUACAAAAGUCAUCCUUAUGUAAAAAAAAUUAAAAAUUCAUAAUAAU